UGUGUGUGAGAGAGAAAAAGAGCGAGAGAGAGAGAGAGAGGAGAAAUGAGAGACAGAGAGAGAGAUUACUUAAUUGCUGCUUUGGUAAUGGGAGAGCACGGAGCGGGGUUUUGCGCAAUGGCUUUCAUCCUUUUUAAAAUUAGUAUACUUUAUAGGCUACCUGCACUUUAAACUGUUCAUGCACAUGAAACACAAGUCUGUUGAUUGCAUUUCGACAUUUUCGACGCCAAAAAUAGCCUACGACAGCAGGAAAGAUGUGGACUAUACCCAAACCCCGAUAUAGGAACUGCAACAGCUUGGACACGAGGGAUGAAGCCGAGAUAGCCGUGAACAUUGGCGGGGUGAAGCUCGUUUUAUACGGGGAUGUGCUUAACCGCUACCCGGAGAGUCGACUUGCAGAACUUAUCAACUGCUCAACUCUGAAUUAUGACAUUAUCUACUCACUUUGUGAUGACUACGACCCCGGUAAAAGGGAGUUUUAUUUUGACCGGGAUCCUGACGCGUUCAGAUGUAUCAUUGACGUGUAUUACUUCGGUGAGAUUCACAUCAAACGAGGAAUCUGUCCCAUUUGUUUUAUUAAAGAGAUGGAAUUCUGGAAAAUUGACCAAAGCUAUUUGGACGAGUGCUGUAAAAGUGACUUGACUGAAAAGGAGGAAGAGCUGGCUGAGAUUGCCAACAAAGUGAAGCUUAUCUUGGAUGAUCUAGAUGUAGUCCCUUCUGUCAACCGCUCAGUGCGGUACCAAAAGUUCCUUUGGAAACUCAUGGAGAAACCGGAGUCCUCAUUGCCUGCGCGCAUUAUCGCCAUUGCAUCUUUCCUCUUCGUCCUUGUGUCAUCCUUGGUGAUGUGCGUGGGUACCAUUCCAGAAGUCCAAAUGGAGGACGACGAGGGAGACCUUGUGGAACACCCAACGCUGGAGGCCAUCGAGACAGCCUGCAUAGGCUGGUUCACCGUAGAAUAUCUGCUGCGUUUUAUGUCCUCCCCAAACAAACUGCACUUUUUCCUAUCCUUUAUGAACAUAAUAGACUUCAUGGCUAUCAUGCCCUUUUACGUGGUGCUGACCCUAACUUACCUGGGUACGGCCAUGAUGGAUCUGGCCAAGGUCCAGCAAGCGGUCCAGGCGCUUCGCAUCAUGCGUAUUGCCCGGAUCUUCAAACUGGCGCGUCACUCCUCCGGGCUACAGACUCUCACAUAUGCGCUGAAGAGGAGUUUCAAAGAGCUGGGGUUGCUCCUUAUGUACAUGGGCAUAGGGAUAUUCGUGUUCUCAGCACUGGGCUACACACUGGAGCAAAGCCACCCGGAGACCCUCUUCAGUAGCAUCCCACAGUCCUUCUGGUGGGCUAUUAUCACCAUGACGACCGUAGGCUAUGGAGACAUUUACCCCAAAACCACGCUCGGAAAGUGCAACGCAGCCAUCAGCUUCCUGUGUGGGGUGAUAGCCAUCGCGUUGCCCAUUCACCCCAUUAUCAACAACUUCGUUAUUUUUUACAAUAAGCAGAGAUUGCUCGAGACUGCGGCCAAGCACGAGCUGGAGCUCAUGGAGUUGCAGUCUAGCGAGGACUCAAUGGUGAAGGCCACGCGCAAGUCGGGCGCAUUGGAGAGCUCUAUGCGCACCUCGCGUAGUGAUAAUUCUAUACCACUUAUUGAGGAAUCAACCAGGACUUUGAAGUCGAAAAAGUAUUGCUCCGAAACAGAAUCGUUUUAACUUGACAUAGACAUAGGCCUAUUGUGUAGUGACGUGUUUCAAUUCGACGAGGUAUUUCCUCCUGUAGCUUCUACACAGUAAAUCAGGGAUAGUUGAAAUCACAGUGUUAAAAACAUUUGGGUUAAAUUGACUCUACUGGGAGUUAUUUUAACCCUCAAGAGAGUGAUAUGCUCUGUGGAGUUAGUGUUGAUAACUGGAGUUGAUUGGGACAGAGUACUUUUAAAUCCCUUAGGAGCAACCAGAGACAAGGAAUUAAAUAUAUGGAGUUGUCUACGAUGUGUGAGGAGCAUCAUUGGCAUAUUUCCCAGCUUGCUAUGUUGUAGCUUGAUUUAUUAAAUUGUUUGUUUCAAUAUCUGUGUUUUUGCAUGCACAUUGGUUGUUUUUUUAAAUCUUAUGCUACACAAAUAUAAGAAACUUAGAUUUUUCUAAACUAAUCCAAUCGGUAAAUGGUUGGAUUUCUAGCAACCAGUAGUGAGAUAGUUGUUCCAGUUUAUAUGGUGUAGUUGGUAGUCUCCAUUGUACUGUAUUUUCUUCCCUAUUAUGACAGGUGUUCUAUAAGCAAAUUAUGGCCUUUUAUUGUCCCCAGCUCAAGGUGCACCUGUGUAAUGAUCAUGCUGUUUAAUCAGCUUCUUGAUAUGUCACACUUGUCAGGUGGAUGGAUUAUCUUG